CCCAAACCCACUUUUGUUAGGAUUCCAUCUACUGUUCCUUCCCCUCUCUUUCUCUCUCUAAAAACUCUCUCACUCUUUUCUCUCUCUCUAUACAUACAAAACGCGGUUGUACUUGUCUCUACAUCCCGCCGGAGAGUCGCGGGUUCGCCGGCGAACAGUGCUUCCGGAGAAUUUGACGCUCUUUCUGUGCCUAUAGGACGCCGUCAUCUGUUUCGUUGGCUGUGUGACUCGGUGGGUGGAAGCGUUCCGAUCUCUGAGUUUGACCAGUCCAUGGAGGUUUUGUGAGAAUGUGGAAGGUGUGGUAGAGCUUUUGUGGUGCUUUGGGCCCUGGAUCGUGGUCUAGGGCAUUUCUAGCGGGUUUUUGAGGAUUUUAUUGUGUGUCUUUCUCCGGUGAGAAGUUGGAGAAGGCGGAGGCUGAAGGUGAAGUGUCCCGGAAUGAAAUGGUGGAAGGAAGGGUUUAUAUGUCGAGGGAAGCUAAACUAGAGUUCUUAAAGCGUAAACGGCUACAGCAGAUGAAAACAGAAAGGGCAAAUGAUUCCACUGGUGUGAGUAUGAUGAUGCGUAGGAGUGGUGGAGAUGCUUUAAGAGCCUCUGGUCCAUGUGAUGUGGGGUUAUAUUGUAAUUCCCAUACAUACUCAAAAAUUGGCAGCAGUUCAAAUGAUAAAGAUGUAUUUUCCAAGCGCAAAGUGGCAAAAUUUGACACAUCUGACCUUGAAUGGACUGAUAAAAUUCCCGAGUGUCCAGUUUACAAUCCAACAAUAGAGGAAUUCCAGGAUCCUUUAGUUUAUCUGCAAAAGAUAGCUCCAGAAGCCUCGAAAUAUGGCAUCUGCAAGAUUGUAUCUCCCGUGAGUGCUACUGUUCCUGCUGGUGUAGUACUUAUGAAAGAGAAAGUUGGUUUCAAAUUUACAACUAGGGUGCAACCGCUUCGUUUGGCUGAAUGGGAUAAUGAUGACAAGGUCACCUUUUUCAUGAGUGGGAGAAACUAUACAUUUCGUGAUUUCGAGAAAAUGGCGAACAAGAUUUUUGCUCGUAGAUAUUAUAGUGCUGGAUGCCUUCCUGCUACAUUCAUGGAAAAAGAAUUUUGGAAUGAAAUAGCAUGUGGAAAGACUGAAAGUGUUGAAUAUGCAUGUGAUGUCGAUGGUAGUGCAUUUUCAUCUUCUCCUGGUGACCCGCUUGGAAAUAGCAGAUGGAAUUUGAAGAAACUUUCUCGGUUGCCCAAAUCUAUCUUGCGGCUUCUAGAAACAUCAAUCCCGGGGGUCACUGAACCAAUGCUUUACAUAGGAAUGCUGUUUAGCAUGUUUGCUUGGCAUGUGGAAGAUCAUUACAUGUGCAGCAUCAAUUACCAUCACUGUGGGGCAGCAAAAACUUGGUACGGGAUUCCUGGUCAUGCAGCUCUCCAUUUUGAAAAGGUGGUGCGGGAGCAUGUUUAUAAUUGUGAUAUUUUAUCAGCUGAUGGAGAGGAUGGAGCUUUUGAUGUCCUUUUGGGGAAGACAACUUUGUUUCCACCAAAUAUAUUGUUAGAACAUGAUGUUCCUGUUUACAGAGCUGUACAGAAGCCCGGGGAAUAUGUAAUAACUUUCCCAAGGGCUUAUCAUGCUGGGUUCAGUCACGGUUUUAAUUGUGGUGAAGCUGUUAACUUCGCCAUUGGUGAUUGGUUUCCCUUGGGAUCAAUUGCUAGUCGGCGGUAUGCUCUGCUUAACAGGAUGCCUCUCCUUCCUCAAGAGGAGCUCUUGUGCAAAGAGGCAAUGCUACUUUGUUCAAGUCUGGAGCUUGAAGACCCAGAUUAUUCUGAUGCAGAUUUGAUAUGUCAAAACAGCAUCAAGGUUUCUUUUGUAAAUUUAAUCCGAUUUCACCAUCGUGCUAGGUGGUGUCUGAUGAAAUUGGAUGAAUGCACUGGCGUUUCGUCUUUUUCCCAUGGAACAAUUCUUUGCAGCCUUUGCAAACGUGAUUGCUAUGCAGCAUAUCUGAAUUGCCAGUGUUACUUGCAUCCUUUGUGCCUUCGCCAUGAUAUAAAAACACUUGAUUUGACUUGUGGAGGAACUGUAACACUGUCUGUGAGGGAAGAUAUCUUGGAUCUGGAAGCAGCAGCAAGGCAGUUUGAGCAGGAGGAGAAUAUAUUACAUGAGGUUGAACAGCACUGUAGAAAUAGCGACGACUUUCUACUUCUAUCAAGCAUAUUCUCAGGAGCUGAAAAUGAUGGUUAUAUUCCUUACUGCAAGAUUCCUUUUGGGUUAAACAAGGAAAUUCUCCUAACCCAGGAUCAGUUAAAUCAUCGAGCAACUAGUCCUCCCAUGUGCGAUGGCAGUGGAGGUGUUAAAACUGAAACUUCUGAUGAUUCUGUAUUAGGUUUACUGCCACUGAUGUCAACCGAAAGUCCUCACACAAAUGUUAAUGGGCAUGUGGACUCCAACUCAAGGAAUUAUAUGUCUACCAAGUCUUCUCGUCAAUAUGUCAGGAAUACCUGUGAAGUUUCACAAUUCUCUAAGAGGGAAUGUGUUAGUUCCCUAAACAAAAUUGGUCAGAGUGGAGAUGCUAGAAGUACCAUAAAUGAAGAAAGUGAUGAUUCUGAUUCAGAAAUAUUCCGUGUCAAACGAAGAUCUUCUUCCAAAGUGGAACAGAAAAUUGCACAGAGUUCUGUGUCUGUUAAUGCUGAACAACAGAGUUUUAAGCGACUCAAGAAGCAUCAACCACAUGAAUGGUGUUCGACUACUGAUGAUCCAAACCGUAAUUCUAGUUCAAAUUCUACUGAAUCCAGAGAAGUUCCCCUUGGUGGCUCAAGGGACAGAUCAUCCAGGGGAAGUGGUAUUCCUAUCUCCAUUAAGUUUAAGAAAACCCCAAAUGAAGAAGUGUUGAGCAAACAUGGAGAAGUGCACAGAGACCAGAGACACCAGCAUGAGUUGGGGAGAACAAUGAGGGAACCUCCCCCGUUAGAGAUUGGGCCCAAGCGCCUCAAAGUCAGAGGACCAUCGGUUUUAGGGAAUGACGGAAAAUUGAACUGAAAUAGGCAUAUAACAGAAACGGAGGAGAGCUUCUUCGUCCACCUGACUGACUGUUGCUAACGACAUUCGCUUUAAUGGGGAAAAUCUAACAACAGGGGAAAAGUUAAAAUGAUUUCUGUUCCGGGAGCAGCGACAAAGAUUAACCAACAAUUAGAUUUUAAAGCCAUCUCAUCACAUUCUUUGUGCAAGGGCCUCAAAUUGAGGCGGGCUUGCACGGCGACACCUUUUUGUGGGUUCUCGGGCUGGGGUGUUUUUCCGUCUUUGGCAGGAGAACCUCUCUCGUCCGCACACGCAGAAAGUAGAUUUGUGUAGGUUAGUGCCUCCUAAGAUGUAUAUUUGAUUGAUUUUGUGAGAGACGUUGCAUGGGGGUAAAUUCCCCAUCAAGGGCUCAUUCAAUGUUAUGUCUGCUGCUUCCCCUUGGUGUAGUAGGGUUCAUCAUUCUUUUUUGUAGCUACUGGCCCUCGCGCUCUAAGACUACCUUAAUAAAAAUUGAAGAAAUUCAUUCUUUUGGUUCCUCCA